AUGCCGGCGCUCAGGCGCUCCCUCCUCCUGCCUCUCCUUGCGGCGCUAGCUCUCGCUGAAGACAAUUCAAUAGAACCCAGGGGUGCACCCCGCUGCGGGGCUUCGUUUCACGAGCGCCACAAAGCAUUCAGGAUCGAACUACACGCAAACGCAAACUGCGCCUGGCAAAUUCAGAGGAAUGCAAGUCAGGCAAUUAGGCUUAUUUUCUCCGAUUUUAAAUUUGCUCCUUCUUCGAGCUGUGAAACAGAAAGUAUUAAAGUGUAUGAUGGUCCCUCAACUAAUUCGCCUCUUCUUGGACAAGUAUGUAAAGACACCGAUGCAGUCCCAGUACUUGAAUCAUCUUCAGACAGUUUAACUUUUCUCAUAACAACCAACUCGGUGGCUUUCACACGAAGCUUCUUUGUCUUCUAUUAUUUCUUUCCACCAGAAACACAAACUGAAAAUUGUGGGGGACAAUUAACUGGUCCCAAUGGGACACUGACCAGCCCCAACUACCCAGCAUCUUACCCAGCACUGAAAUACUGCAUCUGGCACAUAGAAACAGAAAAAAACUCGAAGAUAAACUUACAGUUUCAGGAUUUUUUCCUGGAACUAGACAAAAACUGCCAAUUUGACUUCACAGCAGUCUAUGAUGGCCUCACCACCAGCACCGGCUUAAUAGGAAAAGUAUGUGGUCGUGCUCAGCCCACGUUCCAAUCUUCUUCAAACGCUAUGACGGUCGUGCUGUCUACAGACUACGCCAACUCCUACCGCGGGUUUUCCGCUCAGUACAGCAGCGCGCCGCUGCCAAGGCCUGCGCAGCCCAACAUGCUCCUCACGUGCUCUUCAGACGGGAUGAAAAUUGUUCUCAGCAAGUCCUACCUCGCCUCCCUGGGUUACAACGAAACGCACCUAGAGCUGAACGAUCCAUCCUGCAGCCCAGUUGUAACAGACUCAGUGAUCUUCUCCUUCCCAUUAGCCAGCUGUGGAACAACUAAGAAGGAGGAAGGUCAGAGCAUCACUUACACCAACACCAUCUCUCUCUCUGCAACUGGCAACGUUAUCACCCGUCAGAAGGACGUGCAGAUCAUUGCAAAAUGCAAAAUGAAAAACAAUUCAACCUUAGAAGUCAUCUACUUCACGAAAAACAGUAUAAUCCAAAAAAUGACCACUGUGGGCAGAUACAACGUUAGCAUGUCGUUCUACGAUUCAGACUCUUUCUCCCAGCCCGUCGUUCAUUCCCCGUAUUACGUAGACUUGAACCAAACUCUUUUUGCCCAAGUCAGUCUUCACUCCACUGACCCAAAUCUUUUGGUGUUUGUGGAUACCUGUAUAGCAUCUCCAGAACCGGAUUUUGGAUCGCCAACAUACGACUUAAUCAGAAGCGGCUGCAACAAGGAUGACACUGUGGUAACCUACCCACCACGUGAGCACUAUGGGAGAUUCAGAUUUAAGGCCUUCAGGUUCCUGCAGAGCUUCACAUCCGUUUACCUCCAGUGUGACAUUGUCAUUUGCGACAGCACCAGCACAAACUCUCGCUGUAGCAAAGGCUGCAUCUCCAGGCAAAGAAGAGCUCUUUCUCCAUACGCGUGGAAAACCAAUAUCGUAGUAGGUCCCAUCCGCCUGAAGAGAGAGCUCAGGUCUGCCCAUCGCUCAGAAUCCCUCACCAAAGCAGAGGCUGAAGAAACCCCAAACCUGCAACAAUACAGCUUCUACAGUCUCUCAGUUGUGGUUUUAAUUUCAAAUGUUAUCAUUGUGGCAGCUGUGAUACUGAAAUACCACCUCAAACACCAAGCAGGAUAUGGCUACCAAAGAAUCCAGAGCCCAUACUAA